AUGAGUCUUCAUCUCCAAACUAUAAUUGACAACAACUCAAGAAGAGAGAGACAAGAAGCUCAUGAAAAAGUAAUCUCAUCAAUGGAGGACAAUGAUGUAGAAGAUGAACCAAGGGAGGUGGUACUACAGCCGCUACCUAUACUUCCUCCACCACCAUACUCACUCAAGGGAACAGAGAAACUCACUUGUGGGAGUGAGCUGGUAGAAAUUGUGGAUGUGCUGAAAAUCGAUGAGACUUAUCCUCCAAAUGAAGAGGUGGUUGACUUGGGAUUUAUAGGUACCUUGAUGAAUGAAGAAGAGUCAACGAUCUCCAUUGAUGAGGGUCAUGUUGAUGGAGUCAAAGAAGAAGUAUCAAUGCCAUCCCAAUUCAAUGAGGGAUCCAAAAAUGCAGCAGAUCCUGAUAUCAGCCUCUCAGGAGAGCAACCAAAAUUGAUGGCUGAGAAGCCGGAGCUUCGGUUUCAUCCCCUUUGUAAUAGGUUAAGGCUCACUAAUAUUUGCUUUGCGGAUGAUUUGAUGAUUUUCUAUAAAGCUGGUUUGCCUACUAUUAAGUAUAUUAAGGAAAAUUUUAAUGAAUUUUCUUGUGCAUCUGGCCUUCAAGCCAAUCUUAGGAAAUCUGAUGUUUUUGUUGGAGGAGUGGAUGAUUAA